CCUUCCGCAGCAACGCUUCUCUUGCUAGAAAUAACCAUUUCCCAUCUUCAUAAUGGCUCGUCAUCAAAUGAUGCCCAGUAUCGAGUGUCAAACGCCGAUAGUCGCCAGAAAACGCCUGGCACCCGAAGCCAAAGGGAAACAAGCUAAGCGAGUUAAGAGAGAACCACAGAAACAGCAACCGAAGUACUACCGCAGGAGCGUGCGGCUAAGCAAUAAAAAAGCCCUUACAACUGACUCUCCCACCCGCAUCCACAACCGAGAACAGAAUACAAAACCGAAUGAUAAACGGCCCUGUGAAGAUCAAGCGCGCUCCUCCCCAAAGCGACCCCGCUCGUCUACGAGCUUAGCCAUUGAAUAUCCUUUUGUAGAAGAGCAGCGUGAUAUUGCCAACUGGAAGAAGGUUGACCUGAUCGGAUAUUGGUGCAAGAACGAUCGCUGGCCUAUAGAAUAUUUUGAAGCACAACCUGGACAGAUUGAAAAUAUGAGCCACCUUCUUGCAAAGAAAAAAUCAACGGCUUCUCUUCGCCGCAAGAACUCAAAUUCAAGUCUUGUUACAGGCUCCAACACUCCUACUGAUCAAGAGUCAAGAGACGGAAAGAGUGCCAAGUACAGAAGCGCUACUUAUGAAACCGUUCUCGCUACUAAAGGCAGCUUCAUGCGCAAGUCGGAUUUAGGAAUAACAGAUAGGAGCAAGGGGAUUUGUAAGGAGUUGCUGGAAAGGGAUCAACCUGUUCCCAAACACACGCUCUUUCGGGAUGAUACAUUUGAUGAAUUUUGUCAAAGGCUACAAGGAAAGAAUGAGUCAAGAGUUAUCCAGGAUAUAUCUCGAGUAAUUGUGCCUUCGGCAGAAUCUCUCGCAGUUGACGGAGCCAAGACCCUUAAACACUUGGUUGAAAGCGUCAAUGAACAGUGGAGCUCCUCCAUUGCUUUCUGUGGACCACGUCCUCAGCCCGAUUAUGCGGUCGGGUUCGGCCGUUCUGCGUUCACAGAAGACCAACUAAAGACGUUCGAGCCUUUCCUCGGCUAUGACCCGGAUACCUACAGCUCUUACUUCCUAGCCACCUUCUAUAUGUACUUUCCUUUCCUGACCAGCGAGGUCAAGGGUACCGCCGCCCUCGACAUCGCUGAUCGACAGAACGCACACAGCAUGACCCUCUCUGUGAGGGGCGUCGUUGAGCUGUUUAAACUUGUGGGACGCGAAGAGGAGGCCAAUCGCGAGAUCUUGGCGUUCUCGAUCUCGCACGACCACAGGACAGUGAGAAUGUACGGCCACUAUGCAGUCAUCGAAGGGGACAAGACAUCUUUCUACCGUCACCCAAUCAAAACAUUUGACUUUACCAGCGAGGAGGGAAAGGAUAAGUGGAGUGCAUACACGUUUACUAAGAAUGUUUAUGAUAUAUGGAUGCCAGACCACCUGAAAAGGAUCCGGUCUGCCAUUGAUGAGAUCCCUCGUGGAGUAAGUUUUGACCUUUCACAGCCAGGACUUGGACUCUCUCGAUCAAACGCCCCGUCAUUUUUAGAUGAGGAUGACAGCCAACCAAGUCAAGCUAGCUUUGUAGGCUCAGCAGAAGUUACACCCAAUACUUCCUUCACCCAACAGACGCAGCAGGCAUUGAAGCGACCAAGGAGGCAGAAAUAGCGUGCAUCAACAUAGGUGGUUAAGACAAGACUUAAUUAUUAUCAUUUGGAUUAUUCUACAUGUGUUAUGUCAACUAAAUCCAGAAUAUCUUUCCGUAAACUCAUAAGCUGGUUGUUAGACUGCGGGGCAGCACAUCCGAUGAUAGCCUAUUAUGACGCUGCGCACCACCAGUAAUGAUAAAAAGUUUUCGCCCAUUCACACCAGUCCAAUCGCAGCCAGGUGGGGGCCACAUCCCACAUCAUGCCUGCGUGCCUGGGCAGAUAUUGGAUACAUGCUUCUCUUGGCUAGCGGAGUCAUGUGAUCGCUCCUUUUCAUCGUAUUCACGAAACGAUGCCACGCUUUCGAUCGCGGGCCAAAAAGCGGGAUGCUCGUUGGAAAUAUCCAAGGAGGCCCUGCGCCAAGAGGGCGAAUGCCAAAGUUUCAUCAUAGGGCUUUCGGGCUGCGGUUUAUAUUUUUUCCUUUGUGUUGGGGAACCUACCAAAAACAGCUCACACAGCGCCAGCAUCCUUCACUAGAAUUCCACAAGUUUCUUUGGCUGUGUACUGUAAACGCCGUCCUUUCUCUCUCUGCUCUGUGAUCUCGUCUGUUCUGCCACCUUGUAGUCCUCUGCCCAACUAUAGUACUUUGUGGGAUUUUACUCUUUGUAAUUUGGGUGGCCGGCCGUUGCAUAAUGAAGCAUUUGAUCAGAAUAUCGGAGUAACAGGCGGUUUUGAUGUCGUAGUUAUUGUGGAAGGUGUAAAGCUUGUGAGAAGUUAUAUGUGUAGCGUCCGCCCCAGUUGCGUUGCCAUAGCGAACGCUCCGCCUACACGUGAUCUCAUAUGUAAUAUAUAUAUAGCUAGCUCUUCUCACACGAAUACAACAGAUUAACCAUUCCACAGGUUAUAGCCCGGAUAGCACGUUUUUACAAAGAAUUACAUUAUUUUUAUUUUUUUUACUUUUGUUUAAAAACACCUGUGUAAGUAUUGAAUGUGUUCACUCUGAAUAGAAGAAUUC